CUGCGCGCGGCGGGCGGUAUCCCAGGGUGCCGCGCAGCGGCGCCAGCUGCGCGUGCGCGGUUGGCGGGUGGGCGGCAUGGCGGCGGCCCUGGCGCUGCUGGGCCGGGCCGCGGCCCUCGUCCCCGGCGCGCAGCGGCUCCUCAGCGUCACGCUGUCGGUGGAGAAGGGCUUCUGCAGGCGGAUCAGUUCCCACGAGCGCCCGAAGCGACCGUUAACGGCCUAUUUCCGUUUCCUGAAGGAGAAUCACUCUAUUUUCCGGCAAAAAAAUCCAAAAAUGAAUAAUAUGGAGCUGGUUAAAAAAAUGGCAGGUGCUUGGAAGGAGUUACCAGUAUCAGAGAAACAAGCAUACGAGGAAGCUAGAAAGACAGACUGGCAAAGAUACGAAGAGCAGUUGGCCGCAUAUAAAGCGCAGCUAACUCCAGCCGAGGCUGCAGCUUUGAAAGAAGAAAGGAGAAGACGACUGGCAAAAAGAAGAUUGUUCAGAGAAAAAAGAGAAUUGACUGUGCUUGGAAAACCUAAAAGGCCUCGCAGCGGCUUUAACAUUUUUGUGUCAGAAAACUUUCAAGAAAGUGAGGGAGUUUCACCUACGGCAAAGCUGAAGUAUUUAUUUGAAGAAUGGCGAAAGCUAUCCAGUUCUCAAAAGCAGCCGUACUUGCAGCUUGCUGAAGAUGAUAAGGUUCGGUACGAAAACGAAAUGAAGUCUUGGGAAGCAAAAAUGGUUGAACUUGGACGCGAAGACCUGCUACGUUCCAGAAAACAAAGGCCAAAAAAGAAAACUCCUGAAACUGUAAAGAAAACCGCAGAAACUGUAAAGAAAAUUGAAACUGCCAAAGCUUCACCACGUGAAACCACGGCAAAACUGAAGUCAAAAAAAUCAGAAGAAUAAAACUGUUAAGUAUUUUAUAUUUAACCCCCUUUGAUUGUCAUGUCUUUAUCCUGCUAUGUUAAUGCUGCAGUCAGCAUUAGCACUUAGGUUUGGAAAACACAUGAAAGGCUCAUCAGUAAGUGGGAGAGGUGAUCAGGUAAGAGAGGUCUUAAUGUCUCUUGAAACUGAUGGCAAUAAUCACUGCAGGUGGAACACGGACUGUGUAAUCAGUUAAUCAAGCUGUGAAUAGUGACACUGGCUGACAUCAGCAAAGCCCUCCAGUAGUGGUAGGUAAUCACUAGCUUUUAUAAGCUGUUUUUUUAUGAAAGCAAGUAUGUUCUACAAUACUACCAUCUAUGUCCUGUAAAUAAGAGCUGAGAUCUGAAUGAAUGCUGCUGUGUUUUAUUCCCUCCAUGGUAUCAGUAGCGUGGACUAGCUGAAGAGACACGUACUAGGUUUCAGUGAAAGGCACAGCAGAUGUGAAAUACUGACUUGUGUCUAGGUUUGUGCGUCUGUCUUUUGUAUGUAUCAGACAUCUGUGUCUACCAUUUAAGUUGCAUUUAAUUAAAGACCAUAUGAGUUUUGUAUAAAAGAAUCUUCGCUGGACUUUUAUUCCAUGGUUUUGCUUGGAUAUAUGCAAAGAUUGGUUUCCUGUUAUUUUGGGGGACAGCCUGUGAGAAAAGUGAGUGAACUGUUCAGACUCUCUUUUUUUGACGUAAUAAAAUGGGCAUUUUGAAGA